AUGGCAUCAGAUUUCAGGUGGAUCACGGGGCGAGAAGCGACAGCGAACCGCCUACACACGAAAUCAAGUCCUCGAAUUGGAAAAGGAAUUCCACUUCAACAAAUAUUUGACGAGAAAACGACGAAUCGAAAUCGCUCACUCGUUGAUGCUCACCGAACGGCAGGUAAGGGGAUUUUUGGUGAAAUUCUUCUUCGAGAAGCGGCAAAAGUCCUUCAUAGGGUCUCGUUUCAAGGAGAGGAGGGGGUAAAAAUCUGGUUUCAAAAUAGGCGGAUGAAGCACAAGAAAGAGAACAAGGUGAGAUUUUUGGCUUUCCCGCCUAAAGUUUUGCUAUACACAAGGAUUUGA